AUGUUGUUCAAAUCUCUAGCUGUCUGGCUCUCACUGGGCUCGCUCGCACUGAGCAGUCCUCUACGGGCCGAGCCGCUGGAUGCCUCUGACGACUUUCCAUCAUUUGAAGAGAUUGUCAAGAGACAAGAUGGUGCUUGCACCAACACACCAAGGACGAGGAGCUGCUGGAGCAAUGGCUACAGUAUCGCCACUGACUUUGACGCCAAGUCGCCUCCUGAUGGAACCACUGUCGUUUACGACUUUGAAAUUUCUAAUGUCACCAAGCCGAACCCUGAUGGAAGCGGUGGUAGUAGGCAGAUGAUGCUCAUCAACGGCCAAUAUCCAGGUCCAGUUGUGCGAGCCAAAUGGGGUGACACCAUCAUUGUUAACGUCAAGAACAAUCUUGCGCACAACGGAACUGGCAUUCACUGGCACGGUAUCAGACAGCUCAACUCCUGCCAGGAUGACGGAGUCCCCGGUAUCACCGAGUGUCCAAUCGCUCCUGGAAAGACCCGUCAGUACAAGUUCAGGGCUACCCAAUUCGGCACUAGCUGGUACCACUCUCACUGGUCUGCUCAGUACGGGGAUGGUGUUGUCGGUACCAUGAUCAUUGACGGCCCAGCCACUGCCAACUACGAUGUCGAUCUCGGUACUCUACCCAUGACUGAUUGGUACUACACCCCGGCCUUUACCCUAAACGAGGUGGCGCAACACUCCAGGACUGGGCCUCCUCUUCCUGACAACAUUCUUGUCAACGGUACCCACAUCAACGCUCUGAAUGACAACGGAAAGUAUGCUCGCAUGAACGUUGUCAAGGGAAAGAAGUACCGCAUCCGCCUCAUCAACACGUCCGUCGACAACGUUUUCAGCGUAUCCUUGGAUGGUCAUCCUUUUACUGUCCUGACUUCGGAUUUUGUUCCUAUCAACACCUUUGUCACCGACCAGUUGACCCUGCAGAUUGGUCAGCGUUACGACGUGGUCAUUACCGCCAACCAAACCGUCGACAACUACUGGUUCCGCGUGGCCGUCGGUACUGCCUGUAACCGGAAUGCCAUUACCAGCUCUGGCAAGCAAAUGGGUGCCAUCCUGCACUACGAUGGCGCGUCGGAAACCGCAAACCCCACCUCCACUACCACCGUGGUCAUGCGCACAAGCUGCGACGACGAGGCCUCCUCAAACCUCGUCCCCUUUGUCCCCAACCGCGUCCCCCAAUCCGUUGUCGCCGACGCCGUCAACCACAAGCUAAAUAUGACGCACUUCGCGGACCCGACCACCAACCUCUUCCGCUGGCUCAUUGACGGCACCCCCCACAUCGUCGACUGGAACAAUCCCUCUCUCGAAACCGUCCUUGCGGGCUCUCAAAACUUCGGCCCCAACUCAAACGUCCACAAAAUGGAAGGCUCCGGCUGGUUCCUCUGGUGGAUCCAAUCAACCGCCUCCAUCCAACUCCCCCACCCCAUUCACCUCCACGGCCACGACUACUACAUUGUCGGUCGUGGGACAGGCACCUGGGACGGCACCACCACAAACCUCAACUUUGAAAACCCUACCCGUCGCGACACCGCUGUUCUCCCUCCCGGCGGCUACAUGCUCAUGGCUUUCCCCGCUGAUAACCCGGGUAUGUGGAUUAUGCACUGCCACAUCGCAUGGCAUGCUAGUCAGGGUCUCUCGAUGCAGUUUAUGGAACGCAUGAGCGAGAUUAAGGGGUCGAUUGGGGAUACGAGUCGUUUUACCCAGGGAUGCAAUGAGUGGGAUCAGUAUUGGCCGGCUGGAAGCGCGCCGGAUGCUAACAGGCCUUAUGAGCAGACUGAUUCUGGUAUCUAA